UUUUCUCAGAGCUUAAAAUUUGCAAUUUAAAUGUAAUUUCUCAACUGUUUAUUUGGUUUAUGACGAGUGCGCUCACGUUGAUUUAACAGCCAGCGACAGGGCAAAGGGGCGUGGCAUGUGCCUUUUAUUUUUUACAGGUGACAGCAUGACACACAUGAAUGAUGACCACCAGCUUCAAAAUACAAAAAUGUUACCCCUAUAAAACUAAAAUUUCCAAUUUUAGAUAAUGAAGAUUUUGCAAGCAGUGGAGAGCUUCCGCUUUCUCUAUGCCGCGUGGUUCUCAAACUCGAGCUGUGCCCGGGCUCAGACACGUUCUAUUAUAAUAACAUUAUCCUUAUGCCAAAGACUUUCAUGCAAAUCAACAUUGGGACACGGCCUGGCGCCUAAAAGGCAGCCCACAAUUCAUCGAUACAAACGAGAAAUUUUCCAUUUGCUGCGCGAAAAUAUUUUGCAAACAUUGGCACGUUUUAUGGUAUAAUAACAGCAAAAUACCCACACACAUAGAAGUAUAUGUAUAUGUAUAUAAGUAUGUACGCGUAUAUAUAUUAAUAUAUGCAAGAAAAUUGGCAAUUCAAACAAAAGAACAGCACAGCUGCCUGGCAUUUCAUGGCAUUCAAUUUGGCACGCGGCAAUAAUUUUCGCUCUUUAAAUUGUUUGAAUUUUAUUUGUCACUCUUAAUUGAGCUGCAUUGAUUUGUACUGUGAAUGGCUUUAAGGCAGGCUCAUUGCCACUAGUUUAGAUUAAACCUUUUCUGCAUUUAGUCUUAUUUAUAUUCGAGUACUAAAUCUCUCUAUAAAUUGGUCAAAGAAAACUCCAACCUGGCUCGAGCCCAAUUCAAAUUAACUUCUGUCUAAAUAAAUCAAUUAUAAGUAUUAUCUACAUUCACUCUAAUAGUAUAUUAAAUCACUCUCAACAUCCAGCACUCAGAAUUGCUAUCAUUUCAUAAAUUGCAAUUUUAUUGAGCUGUUCUUGAGGCUAGUUGCUUUAAGUUCUCUUUAUCGAAUGUCUGCGAUGUCGCUGUGGCUUGCACAACUGUUUUAUGUUUUGUUCUUUUCUUUUUCGGGAUCCGUACGACUUCGGUGGGUAGCCUCAAGUAGCAGAAGAGCAGUUGCAGUGGAGCUGCGCCAAGUCUUUUAGUCAUUAACGAAAUGGAUUUGGCUGAGCGCACACGAUGCAUUUCCAUUACGUGGGCAUUAUUAAUCAUAGUCUGUCAAACGAUGUGCGAGUCGGUCUGUGUGAGCGAGAGUCCGAGCCAGAGCUUUGCGACCGCUCUAACUGCUGUCUACUACAGCCACCGUAUGCUCUUCCUAGCCGGCCUGGGCACAUUGGCUUUGACACUUCUCGGCUGCCUGGGCUGCCUUCUCUGCACCUGCUGUCGCCUGGCAAGACGAAGAGCUGAGAGCCUGGACUCCUACGCUCCACGCACGCAGAGUAUUGUUUGGCCCUCUAUGCCCACCGAGACGGCCCGUGUGCUGGAGUUGACCUUUCUGCACACUCCCGAUGCCGUGGACUGCAUCUGCCGCGGAUGCAGCAGGGCGCGGAAGGAGCGUUGCCUGGAGGACUGCCUGAAUGGAACUGAGUCAAAAGGCAAAGAAACCACAAUAGAGCAAAUAAUGGGAAGUCCGAUGGAGUUAUUGCUGUCGCUGCUGUUGCUCCUACUCGUAGCCUAUCCUAAAUUCUUGGAGGCUAACAACUUCACGGGCGAUGACUGGUUUAAUGGGACGCACUUGUUAGACGACGUUGAUAAUACAACAGCUAAGUCAAAUGGAUAUGCAAUCAUCAGAAACACUAAGGAAGCAAAUAUUCAUUAUGUGCCGUUGGAUCCAUUGAGGAGAGUGGCUUUUGUGGCCCUAUUGCUGCACAUUUUGAUCGUCGGUGGAGGUCUUAUCAUUUAUAGUAUCGUCUGCUGCAAAUCACGCACGGAUAGAAAACGAUUGUUGGAGCUCAAGCGACGUCUACAGAGUCCACCCACACUACAGCAUAUACCAAAUUCACCGAAUUGUCCGUGCCAUGGCUGUCGGGUUGCGAGGCAAAUACUAAGUGGACUGAUAGUACAGCAAAUAAUUAAUGAGCGCGCCGAACGCGAGUGAUCUAAAUACAAAUAGGGUAUAUUAGCCAGGCACCACCUUGUAAUGAAUAAAUGUAAUAAUGAAUGAGCACCCUUGUGCUGUUGUUGUUGGAAGAUUGUCGAUUGCCAAUUUUUGUAUAAGACAAUUGAAAAUAUAUUUGAUUAAUUAAUUACGCAUUAAAAAAUACCAAAUGGUUGCAAAAAUA